UUGUUGAGGUUAUGUACUAUGUUUUGUUAAUGUGUUAACAAAUAUUAAAAUAAUGGUUUUAUUAAAGAAAAAGAACGAUAAUCUUAUGAUCAGCUCAGGAGACUGCUUAAUUAUUUGCGAUCUAGAGAAUCUGAGCGACAAAUUCCUAAAAAUUCCAGAACCAGUACUACCACAAAAUUUAACAAAGGGGCAAGUCGCUGUUUUAAAGAAAGAAAUCAGAAAUGUUACUUCCUUUGAUUUCUACAACGAAAACGGCUAUACGGUAGUGUCGACAGAAAAUAAGCAAGUGGUAGUAUACGACAAACAUUUUAAUAUAGUAAAAAAUUUUAUAGUGAAUCGUGCUGCAAGUAAAGUACGCUUCACUCCCUCUAAUGACGUUUUAGUGGCCGACAAGACAGGAGAUGUUUACUUAUAUAAAUUAAAUAGUGAUAAUGAAAAACCACAGCUUCUAUUAGGACACUUAAGCGUUAUCCUGGACAUGACAAUGAGUGAAUGCGGUAAAUACAUAAUUACUUGCGACAGAGACGAGAAGAUCCGUGUUUCCCAUUUUCCGAAUGCUUACAACAUCAUGAGCUUCUGUCUGGGUCACAGGGAAUUUGUAACGAGAAUAAAAGUAGUGAAGAACAUCCUUGUGUCGGCCUCUGGAGAUGGUACUGUACGUUUUUGGGAUUUUGUCAAAGGCGAACAAGUUGGAUUAAUCAAUACGAAUGAUCAUGUAACGGAUAGUAAUUUAAUGACUGCAUUUGCGAAACGAAUGGACGAAGAAAAGGUCGAUGUGGAAGUUUUACCAGUAAUGGAUAUGCAGGUGUAUGGGGAUGGUUCUAAGUUAUACAUAGCAGUUUCACUGUAUAGUUAUAGUGAUUUGCAAGUUUACAACACGAUAUUGUCCACUCUGGAGACCAGCUUUGUUAUGAAUAUAAACGUAGGUAGUAAUCUUUUCUCUUAUCACUUCAGUGAUGUACUUUAUAUUCUCAGUGAUAAAUUUUCUGCGUUUAAGUUAAGUGACGAAAAGUUUGUAGAAAGUAGUGUGCCUUUCUUAGAGAAUUUGUAUGAUAAGUUUAAGGAGCUUUUAAAGCAAAACGAGGAUGACUCCAUAAUUAAGCUAUACAAAAGAAAAUUCGAUAAUGUACAGGAAUAUUUGGAGAGGAAACGGCAAAGGUUGGAGGCAAAAAUAAAGCUAUAA